UACGGAGCGGCUCCGCGGAUUGGUUGUGAGCUCCUGGUUCAGACCCGGGCCUGCGUGCUUUCACUUCCUGCGUUAUAGCGCUAACUUUGCCGUACGUAGUCGGGACACCGAUUCACAUUUACCUUCUAAUUUAUGACAACAUAUCGGCAGGUCACAUGACCCAAAAAGAACAGCACGAGUUCCGGGAGAGCCUGGAGGCCGCCCUGACCUGGAUGAGGUCCGCCGAGGAGAGCCUCCGGGUCAACGACAACACCCAGGGUCCCCGGGAGGCCUUGGAGGCAAGGCUUAGGGAGACGGAGAAAAUCCAGCGCUGCAUGCACGAGGGCCGUGUUUUGGUGGACAGGGCGCUGGUGGCGGCCGAGAACCUCCUGCAGACGGGCGACAAGGACCAGAGGGGCGACACCAAUGCUAAACUCAGGGACAUCAAGGCCCAGUGGGAGGAGACGUCUACCUACAUCGUCCACUGUCACAGCCGCGUCGAGUGGGUGUGGCUCCACUGGAUCGAGUACCUGAAGGCCCACGAGGGCUUCGAGGUGGGGCUGGCCCGGCUGGGCGCGCGGCUGGACGCCCAGGUGGAGCUGCAGCUGGACGCCCGGGAGAAGCAGUGGCAGGCGGACCACCUGCAGGUGGAGCUGAGCAACGUGUGCGGCCAGGCGCCGCUGCUGGAGCGGCUGCUGGACGAGGCGGAGGCGCUGCACGGAAGCACCCAGGACCCCAGCGUGGACCCCGCCGCGCGGGAGGCGCUGCGGCAGGCCUACAGCGACGUCCGCGACGCCACCCGGGAGCGGCUGGACCUGCUGCAGAAGAUGGCUGAGGAGCAUCAGAUGUACCAGGGCUGCGUUGACAAGUUCCAGAGCAUGCUGCUGGCCAAGGCCGAGGAGCUCGCAGAGCUUCGGGAGCGGGACGACUCGGCCCAAGAUAGGUUCCAAGCCUUACAGGUGCUGCACAGCAGCGUGGCCCGGGAGGAAGUGAACCUGCAGCACCUGGAGGGCGUGGCGGAGGCGGUGCAGGGCCACACCUCCCCGGCGGGCGCCCAGCAGGUGGCCCGCGAGGCCCUGGGCCUGCGGCAGGACUGGCUGCGGCUGCUGCGGGACCUGCAGGAGGCGGACGAGGCCCUGCGCGUCGGCGCGGACGCCCAUGGCCAGUAUCAGGGCCUCCGGCGGCGCCUCGGCCAGGACAUCGACCGGCUGCAGCUGCUGCUCCAGGGCCUGGGCCGGGAGCUGGAGGAGGGCCGCGGGGGGCCCGGCGCCGCGACGGGGGACGAGGAGCAGCUGGUGGGCCGCUGGAAGAAAUACACGGGAGUGAGGAACACCUUGACGUCUGAGGAGCCUCAGGUGGAGCACCUCAAGGCACAGCUCAAGGACCUGUUCCGCUUCUCCGAGGACUCGAGCCACCUGUCGGACGACGUCCUGGCCGUGAUGAAGGAGCAUCAGUGCUUGAAAUGUCGGGCAGCGAGGCUGUGUUCAGAGUCGGAGUCCAGCCUGAGACAGGUGCUCCAGGACCCCCUUCACUCCUACAGCCGAUGGAGCAAGGGCGUCUCCCAGGUCCUGGAGGUGUCGGCCGAGGUCACAGACUUCUCUCACAUCGCCAUGCUGGUUCAGAACAUUGAGCGUCUCCUGAAGCAGAGUGUCCAGCUGCAGGAGCGUCUGGACCUGCUGCAGGGCAGGGCUGACCUGCUGGCCCCGUUGUUCGGGCCCCAGCGCGCAGAGGGCCUGGGGGCCGAACUGAGUACCGCCGCAAACAGCCGGGAGCUGCUCCACACACAGCUCCUGGAGAGGAAGACCCAGGUUCAGGCCGUGCUGUCCAGGACAGAGCAGUUUGGCGCUGCCCAUGAGGGGAUCCGCUGCACGCUGAGCGAGCUCCCGCAGAGGCUGGCGGUGGUCGAUGUGCUCCGGCCAGACGUCCCCUCCAAGGAGGGCCAGGCCCAGCAGCUCCGGGUGAUCCUGAAGGACCUGGACGACUGCGAGGCCCACAUCAUGGCGUUGGAGAACCUAGUCUCCUCUAGUGCCACCAACAGGAACCAGUUUGACAAACUCUCUGCUGAAUGGAAAUCCCUCUACAAGGCAGUACAGGUGAGAGUGGGCGAGAGUAAGCACAGCAUCGAGGAGCACCAGGGCUUCCACCACCUCAUGCUGAGCCUGAAUGAAUGGCUGCAGACCAUGAGGCAGAAGCUGGAGUCUUUCCGUGGGCCCACGGGAGACUGGAGCGUGGAGCAACGGAAGCACGAAGCCCAGAGGGCCCUGGGAGAGUUCCCGGGGAUGGAGCUGCAGCUGCACCAGACCGAGGCCCGGGGCAACAAGGUGCUGAAGCACACCUCGGAGGUGGGCCGGGCGGCCAUACAGCGGGACCUGAAGGCCCUGCGGGAGGACUGGAUGGCCCUGUACGACCUGAGCCUCAACCUCAACAGGCUUCUGAACAGCUCCACAGAAGAGCUCAACUCUGACGCGUGGAGCGAUGGCGGACAAGAGGACGAGCCCCAGAGGGCCACCACGGCGCUCCCAGCAGGGGGGCGGUGCACCCUGGCCCUGUCUGGAGCCCCCAGAGGGGAGGGCUCGGACCACGACGCCCCCGGGCAGACCCACGGCCACUGGGCAGGGCAGACCCCCCGGGGGGCGUCUCCCCCGGGGGUGGGGGACGCGGGAGUGGGCCUGGGAGCCGGCUUCCUUAACCCCGGUUUGGGGGCUCAGAGGCUGGACGCGGAGGGCGACCUGGACAGCCCGUACAGGCAGAGCACGCCCGUGGACGACCCGGAGGACGAGGCCGGAGGCGGCGCCGCCGUCGGAGCUGGUUCCUGUCUGGGCUGGGCCGGCGGCCGUGCGGAGGGCCGCUCCAGAGACCUCGUGGACGACGGCCGGAGCCCGGGGAAGCCACCGGUCACGGGGGCGUCCGUGGCGAGCGGCGCCGUAGGCCCCGCCCCCAGCCUCACCGCCGACUGGACGCCCGGCGUCCCGGCGGCUUCCGGAAGAGGACACGGGGGCGGGGCCAGCAGCCUCCUGGGCGCGGCCGGGGGCGGGGCGUCGGAGGGCAGGAGGAGCGGAGGGCCGGCGCCGGCAGAGGGUCUGGGCCAGGGCGGAGGGGCCUUCAAGCCCUUCCAGAGGGCCGCCGUCCCGCUGCAGCCCCCAGCCCCCCCGCAGAGCGGCAGCAGCCCCCCGGGGUCGGCCGGCGCCGCCGCCGCCGCCGCAUCGUAUCUGUGGCGGGCUGAUGGGAGCGUGACGGCGAGUGGCGGGCGGGGCCUGAGUCCAGCCGAGUACGAGUCCAAGAGGGGGGAGUUUGAAGCCUGGCUCCUGGUGCAGAACCAACGGCUCUCUGGGCUGCUCAGCACCCAGGGGGCCGCACUGGGCCCCAAAGAAACCAAGAUCAGACGGGACGAGCUGCAGGCUCUGAGGGACGGCGUAGCGCGGGGCCAGGAGCUUUUCCAGCUUCUGAUACAGGACAGCCACAGAGCUGGCCUCGGGGCCGGGGCCCAGACCGGGGCUGGAGCCGGGGCCGGGGCCUGGGUCACGGCCCAGACCGGGGAAGGGGCCGGCGGGAUGGAUGGGCCUGAGCUGAUAGAGGACAGCGGUCUGGAGGACCUGCGCUACCGCUGGAUGCUUUACAAGUCCAAGCUGAAGGAGCUGGGGGACCUGGGACCCCGGCUCACCGCCAAGGGGGUGCGGGCCACUAAGGAGGUGCCUGUCAAAGCCAAGAGGAUUCUAAAGCAGAAGGGACCCGGGCUCCUCCAGAGGGUGUGGCGCGUGGCCCUGCCCCUGUGGCUGCUGCUGCUGGCCCUGCUGCUGCUGGCCUUUCUGCUGCCCUUCUUCGAGGACGUGGCCAGCUGCUCCCUGACCAACAACUUCGCCCGCUCCUUCAACGUCAUGCUGCGCUACGAGGGGCCGCCCCCCACCUAGGGGCCACGGAGGUACACCUGAAGGACCCAACCCCCCCUACCCCCUCAACC